AUGGGCAAGUACCGUGUGGACCUGCUUACCUUUCGUCCGUCGCUCACCCGACCCCCUCACUUUCUUCCCUCCCUCUUCCCCUCCAAUCCAGCCGCGUUUCUCGGGAUGACCGAUGAAUCGCGCAAGGGCAUGGGCAAGUACCGCGCGAAUUUGCUUAUCUUUCUUCCCUCCCUCUUCCCCUCCAAUCCAGCCGCGUUCCUCGGGAUGACCGAUGACUCGCGCAAGGGCAUGGGAAAGUACCGUGUGAACCUGCUGUCGUUCGCUGCUGCUGCCAUGGCAGGCAUGCUGAAACACGCUGAUGCUGCCCUUGCGGUGCUGCGAGGCUGUGCCGGAAUGCUGGUAGAAGCAGACGCCUUGGGAAUUGUGGACGAGGCAGCAGACAGGCUGGCGGACCAUGCAGUUACCAGACGGCAUUGCUCUCCUGCCUCUCGACAUCUUUCUCCGCCUCCUGACCAAGUUCAAGGUGGAGAUGGGGUGGGGCCUGCUGCUGCUGCCAUUGUGCCCAUGCAGCCAUCACUGGGGCUGCUGCGUUGUGCCAUUGUGCUCAACGCAAGUGAAGGGGUCAAGGCCACCCUGCAGCGCCGGGCAGGAGCGCUAUUCACUGAUGCAUCUCUGGACGAUCUGCUUAUGCUGGAGACCAGCGACGUGCAGGGUCUGCUGCACGGCUUUGCAUCGGAAGAGCACCUCUCCACUCUCCCUGAUCGUGCACAAGCCCUGCAGGCUGCAGCAUCGCUCAUCGAUGCCUAUCUCCUCCACCUCUCCUCCCCUCCAGCACUCCACCCUGAUUCUGCUGCUGACGGGGUUGCCGCUGCUAGCACUGCUUCUGCCUCUGCUGCUGCUAGUGCGUCCGCUGGUCUCUUCUCAAGCAUCAGUGCCGGUGCUCCUGCUAAUAACGAAGCGGCUGCUAUGGAGGAUGAAACUGCUAAGUCUGAAUCGCAGGCGUUUCAGCCGGCACUUAGUGUGGCGGAGUGGAAGCAUCUGGUCUCUGCCCUGCCUGCUGAUGCCCGGCCGUCUCAUGACGGUCUUCUUAAG